GCUAUCCUUGCCUUUAAGGUAGUUGCAGUGACACUUGACGAUUUUCUUGUCCAACAAGCAGCGUUCCUGCUGCCACCCAACGCCUAAACCCAAUUCAAAGAUGUCGUCAUGUCCCUUUUCGCUGCCAGCUCCAAUCCCUCGCUCUCCCGCACGCGCUCGCUGCGCCUCCAAGGCAAACACCCUUUGACCGCUCCAUUGAGCCAGCAGCAACCACCACCGCCAAGUCCUCUCAACAGUCAUGCUCCAGCAGCCGGAACCGCUGGUACAGGCCAAUCGGGCGGCCAGAGCAAUGCCGCCGCGAUCCCAAGCUCUACGUCGAACCUCGCCCUUUUCCUGACGAAUCUGCGCCUACUCGACCUCGACCUCGAAGCGGACUGGCCAGACAUCACGGCUGCAACCUUCUCCACGCGCGAUGCCGCCGGAGGUCAGAAGAAACGCAUCCAGGCCGUCGAGUGGACUCUGUACCAGCUCUUCGUGCUCUGGGACCCCAGCGAGACACACAAUAAACUCCGCCCUUUCUUCCCGCCGCUCGACCAAGUCCAGUCUGUCAACCUCCGCGCCGCCCUGACCCGAUCCCUCGAGCAGCUCAAGCGCAAUGGCUCCCUCGGCCGCGACGCCAUCAUCCGCAAGACAAUGCUCGACGAGUGCAAAGGGGAGCGGCUCGAAGAAGUACUCGCGGCAUUCUCCUCGGCCGUGCUCAAGAAGCUCGUCGCCGAGCGCGGCCUCAACAGCGGGCCCGAGUACCACGCGCCGGUCGCCGAGAAGCUCGCGGUCGAGAACAGGGGGUACGCGGGCGAGCGGACGGAACUCAACGGUCUGCUCCUAGCACACAAGGCGGUGCUGGCCGGCGCGCUGGCACGCAAGAACGAGAUGCGCGAGCGGUAUCGCGACUUUGAGGAGCUGCUGGAGCUGAAGCAGCGCGGGCUCGUGCGGAGGCGCGAGCAGGUCAAGGUCUCGGCAUUCAAGGACGACACUGUGCAGCUCGACGACGAGACUCGAGAACAGGCGCGGGACAUUCUCAGGGCGAACUGGACUGGCAACGAGUCGUGGGUGGACGCCUUACUCUAUGGCGGUGCUGAUGUGCGCCCGAGUACUCUGCUCGAUGCGCCCUUUGACCAAGUCUGGACAGGCGUGCAGGAAGGACGCUUGUCCGACCUUGAGGAGCAAGGCAGCGAUCUGCUGGGGAACCUCGACUCGAGAGUGCACCUGCACAGAAGCAGGCUGGAGAAAUGGGAGACAUUCCACCACAAAAUGUUCGGCGCACAAAAGGCGGCCCCUGUCACACCAAAGCGGAGGGAUGACCGUCCUCGACGUAUCAUCGAGUUCCGCUCCCACAAGCACGUGCAACUCAACGGGGCCAAGCAUAAACUUCGCGAGGCAGGCAACGAGAUGCCUGCUGAGUACGAGCAAAUCAUGCUGGACAUGGAUCAUGAGCUGGGCAAUGUUGGGCAAGCAAAGAUUCCGAACUUUGCAAAGAUGUUUGGUUCCACAGCUGCCCGGCUGGGCGCCACUGCUCUAGCCCCAGAGCCAGUUGUGCCUGAGCAAGUUUCGGAUCUUAGUGAGUGGGAAGACGAGCCUGAGAGGCCGGCUCCCAAACACAACGUGGCGAGCGAGCAGCACAUGACACAACAGCCUACGCAAACAGAUAAGCGAGAAAUCUCGCCGCAACGGAGGCUGUCGGUCAGGUCCAUUCCUGCUCGGCAAAACAGUUACCGACUUGGGAGGCCCAGGAAAGCGAGUGUACAGGAAUAUGAAGCUGAAUUUUCCCCUCCCGAGCCAGAGGCGUUUGACGUCAUUCAUCAGGAAACGGACUUCGCUCAGGAGACGCCGACACCGCUUCAGCGGUAUGCCCACCCUGAUUCCUACGACCAAGUUCACAGUCCUGUGCGCGGAGAUCUAUAUCGCCCUGAGCCCGAGCUUCCCGUGCCUCCUUCGCCCCCUCCUCCGGCCUCGCCUACUCAGGCAGCGGCCGACGAGAUCCUUGCGUACAUGUCCAACGCAUCUCCCUCCCCGCUGAAGAAGUCUCGACAUACACUGUCCCUCGCCGAGCGCACGCGCCUGUCUAUGACCCGCACACAGCCCUUCGAAGCAGACAAGGUCGACAGCAGCCGUCUGUCGCCCACGAAAGCAGACUACCCCACGAUCGUUGAAGAGUCCGCCGACCCCGUAGAAGAUGAUGUUGGGGCAUACCAGAGCAACCCGCACGAGGAUCUGAUCGCGCGUACCCGGCGAUCCAUGGCAGGUUUCGAGGCCGCGCGGCAGAAGGCGCAGCUCGAGCGGAGGCGCUCGCAGCGCAGGAGCAAAGUGGCGCCACGCAGGGACGGCAGCUACUUCCCGCGCCUGGACGAAGAGGAAAACAACGGUGUGGGAGACACCUCGGUCGUGGACGAGCUCCUGCUGCAGGUGGACAGCGGUGCUCCGGAUUACGAGGCCGUGUUUAGGAGCAGGCCCAAGAUCAAGACGAGUCCUGCGGCAAGCCCGAUGAGGCUGUGGGCUGAAGAGGAGUAAUUUACACAGAGAAAGGUUCUGAUAGAUUGAGCGAACUAUAAUAAUUUGGUCCUGGGUAGCGGGGCUCUCGAUAUUUCAAAAUCCAUAGAACGGCGGCUUCAUCCAUUUAUGGAACCACGACCACACAUGAACCAUGCCAUCCUC